AAAAUGGAUGCAAAUGCAACGAUUACAGGCGAUGUGGAUAAAACGAAGAUACCGCCUCUUAACCAAAAACGGAUACUGGCGUUUGUCAACCACUUCCUAAUCAGCACCUGCACCUUUCUCAAUGAGUUUGCUUUGGGCUGUGAAACGAAGUUUGUUGAAAUGGAGAGGCAAUUACAAAAGACGGAGGCUUCUUUGGUAAUUUUGGAAGCAAAGCUGGCAUCCAUUCCCACCGACAGCGAAAUUGUCGGUGACACAAACAGCCCAGCAAAACCCCUGCAAGCCACUACCGAGAUUGAUGAAGCCCCAACGCCUGCCGUCGAAGAACCACCUGUUCCUGAGCCCGAGCUGGAGCCGGAAACUGAGCAGGAGCCCGAGCUGGCGGGGGUGCGGACCUGCGAGGAUAUUCGUUAUAGGAAAUUCUUCAAGAUGCUACAUUUUGGAGUGCCGGCACAGGCUGUCAAGCAGAAAAUGAAAUCCGAAGGCUUGGAUUCACAGCUCCUGGAUACACCCGAUCGAAUUCUGGAAGAUGGUGUCCGUGAGUAGCCAGAGAACUGAAGAACCAGCAGCACAGGACGCUUUGUGAUAUAGCAAUUAUUGCUACAUUUGUAGAUUAAACAUUUUUCUAAAGCUUACGUCUACAA